CGGCAGCCCCUGCGCGCGCGUGCGCGCUCGGUGACCUUUCUGAGUUGGCUGCAGGUUUGUAGUGCUCUCUGAGGCGUCUGUCUUGCGUCAAGAGUCUCACUUUGUCGCCCAGGCUGCAGUGCAGUGGUGUGAUCACGGCUGCCUGCAUCUUCAACCACACAAGCUCAAGCAGUCUUCCCACCUCAGUCUCCCAAUAGCUGCGACUAACAUAAAAAAUUAGCCAGAUGCUUCAAAAUAUUAUUAAAAAUGUGUGGAUCCCCAUGAAGCCCUACUACACCCAAGUUUACCAGGAGAUUUGGAUAGGAAUGGGGCUGAUGGGUUUCAUCGUUUAUAAAAUCCGGGCCGCUGAUAAAAGAAGUAAGGCUUUGAAAGCUUCGGCGCCUGCUCCUGGUCAUCACUAACCAGAUUUACUUGGAGUACAUGUGAAAGAAAACAUCAGUCUGCCUGUAAAUUUAAGCAAGCCGUGUUAGAUGGGGAGCGUGGAACAUCCCUGUACACUUGUAUAAGUACCAUUUACUUCAUGGCAUGAAUAAAUGGAUCUGUGAGAUGCACUGCUACCUGGUCCUGCUUUCAAUGUGUUACCCCCUCAGCCUCCUCCAGUGUGUCGGACAUACUCUGAAUAGAUCAUUUGUCAUGCAGCAGAUGCAAUCAGAAUCUCACUGAGCCACCCAUCAUUGUGAAAUAAUUAUCUCAGUUGUCACAGGAGUUGGUGAUCAGGAUCCAGGCACUCACUUGGAUUCAACUGCUUAAUAAAUGUUUAUUAAACUUGAUCCUGAUACUUA